AUGUCAGAAGCCAGCGCUAGCACAGUCGCCGGAGCGUCGCCAGAAGAUUUAUUCCAUCCGUCGACUGCCAUGGCUUCCGGAGACCUCGAAGAAGAGUUAUCCUCUUCCUCGUCCAACAUCACCCAGGCCUUUCCUUUCUCUUCUGGAAACCCUAGGAUCGAAGAGACCAGAGGCAUCAUGCAUCUAUACCGCGACGACGUCGCUUCAUCGUCUUCCGAACUACCUGUUGAGAGAAAGCCCCUUCUUUGUGUGCUUGCUGUGCCAAAUCACAUGACAUAUUCAGAUUUUUGUCAGUUUUGUGGCUCGUUCAUUCAGCACAUUUUGGAAAUGCGAAUUGUCAGGACUGAAGGAAUGGAGGACCUGUAUAGUAUUUUGAUUAGGUUUGAUGAUCAGGGCUCAGCAGAUGCUUUUUACAGGCAUUUCAAAGGGAGACGAUUUUCAUCACUUGAGGUGGAGACUUGCCGUGUGCUUUUCACGGUCGAUGUACAAUAUACAGGUUCAAUUGAACAUGCACAUUCCUCCCCUGCUAGCUCUAUGGAGCAGCCUUCAUGUCCAGUCUGUCUUGAAGGCAUUUGGCACACCUUGCAAAUGGACUUUGGAGACCAAAAAGUCCAUUAA